GAGGAGGAUUCUCUGGCGCCUCCGGUUUCGGAUCAUCGGGCGACAAAAGCACGGUCUUCUCACAGAACAGAUUCUCUGCGUUAAGCAAUGCAAACCCUGGUGAUGGCUUCAGUGAUGAGGAACAGAGACUUCUUGACUGUAUAGCAAAAGACAUGGCAACCUGGGAAUCUUCUAGACAGUGGAUGUUUUCAUGUUACUCACCUAUGAAAGAUAAGCCUAAUGUUUCAGGUUUUCAAGAGUUCUCACCUGAGGAGGUGCGUCUGGAGUAUUAUAACUGCAGAGCAAACAGUAACACUGAGAACUACAUAAACUCUGUCAAUCAGUUAGUGCAGCAAUGGAGAAACAGGCUGCAGGAGCUGAAGUCUUUAAAUGCCUCAGGAAAAGCAUCAUUGCUAUCUCAGUUAAAGAAUGCGGUCACUCAACCCUUACCUUCUCUUGGAUUUGGAGGACAGCAAGCCUCAAGCUUUGGUUUUCCAAGCUUUCCAGUGAGCAGCAGCAGCAGCGCUACCAGUUUCUCCUUUAAAGCAAAUACCAGUGUUCCAUCUGGAAACGCUCCAGCUUUUGGGAGCUCUGCUGCUGCCUCCAAUCCUCCUACAUUCGGUGUGACAUCCUCCCACAGUGCUCCCAAUCCUGUUGGGUUUGGCAAUUCUUCAGCUCCAUCUGCAGCCUCUUUCUCAUUUAAAACUUCUGGAACAACCAGUAGCUCUGGAACUUCUGGACUCUCAGGCUUUGGAAAUUCUGCUGCUGCAAACUCUUCAAGCACUGCUCCACUUACAGUUUCCGGAACCCCUAAUGCAGCGACAGGAACUUCUCACUCAGGUGCAAGCAAUGCUUCAGCUGCACAGACUGCCAGUGCCUCUGGACAUAACGUCACAGCCACACCUUCUGCAGUCCUAAACGGUAUCACAUCAGACAAGUUAUAUACACCAAGGAGUGAAUUAACAGCUGAAGAGUUGGAACAGUUUGAAGCCAAAAGGUUCACACUAGGAAAGAUACCUCUUAAACCACCACCCAUAGACCUUAUCUAUCUUUAGACCUCAAGUUUAUUCUGAACAUAAAUGUCUUAGUUGUUGUUCUGUGACACCUCCAAUAAACAAUGUUGUGAUGGAGUAAUGAA